AUGACCUCCACUACCGGCCAAGGCCUGCUUGGCGUCGCUGUCGCCGUCGCAGCUACAUACGUCAUAAUUCAGAACUACCAAGACGUUGAGGAUGCUUACCUUAUUAAUUACGCCACUUCCCACCGACGAUUCACUCCGACUAGCCACAGCUUCAGCUAUCCGCUCACGCUAGCCCUUUUCAAGCUUGAUAAUAGAAGUGAGAGGAGUAGGCUGUUUAGAGAGUCUAGGAGAAUGUGGUCGCUGUUGAGAGUUGAUCCCCGCGGCUAUCUCACCACUAGCUACAACGAUUUGUCUAUAAUCGCUAAUCUGAGGCGGACACUAGAUGACAGAGGGUAUAGCGAGAAUACCGCUCACUCUGCUUAUCUAAUGACAAUGCCUACCACUCUCGGAAUGUCCAAUAUCAAUCCACUAUCGAUAUACUUCUGCUAUGACGACAAGCGGAGGCACACUCUGACGAUAUUCGAGGUACACAACACAUAUGGCGAAAGGAGUAUGUAUAUCAUACCGAACGACGACUCUACGCGCAUAUCCUCCAGCGAAUAUACCCAUCAGAGCUUUCAGCCACGCUCCUUCUUUGUUUCCCCGAUGAAUGACAGACAGGGCUUUUACAAUUUACAGGCGUCUGUCCCGUUCAAUUCUCAAAAUCAACUGAGACCACCUAAAAUCAGAGUCACUUAUUACGACCAGGACGAGAAGCUCAAGUUUACUGCCAAUUUGGUGCCUUCUGGUGAGGCAAAUGCGCGAAAAAUAAGCCUCAAAUCGGUCGUUAUACACCUUUCCACCCGCCCAUUCACUAACCUUCUCACAUUCGCUCGCAUACUCUACCAAGCACUUUACCUCCAUUAUUUUAAAAACCUAGCAUUCUAUCCCAAACCUAAUAUAGGCGUGACGCUAAACACCAAAGCCAAUCCAACACAGUCGCUGGACGAGUCAGGCUCGUUGGGUUUCGAUGCAGAGCCGUAUUUGUGUUUUCAUGCGAGAAAAGCGAUUGAGAAGACGUUACACAGCGCUGUACGACGUCAUUCACGUGUCAAAGUGAUCAUCACCUACACAGAUCCACUGAUAUCUCCUACCGAAAUUGGAGAGGGGGCAGAUGACACACUCACCUUGAACAUUCGCUCUUACGAAUUUUUCACACAAAUGCUCAUCUCGCCUAACGUCGACUACAUCAUCAAUGUGCUUGGUAGCAGAUGUGAAGAUAUGGUGCGGAUAUCAGACGAUGAUUUGUUCAGGCGUCUGUUAUCAUUAGAUGAAAAUUCCUCGUUAUCAAAUAACUCCACCUCCAGCCAUGCCUUCACUGUGGCCAACUGGCUAGCAGGUCUUCGACGAGCUCAUGCUAAGUGGAUUCUUCAUCAGUCUCCAGAUGCUACAAUUGAUUUUGACGUGAGUGGAACGCAAGCCUUCGAAAAGCCUCUGGGGGAUAGCUGGAUGGUGCUUAUAAUGGCUAUCGCGAUCUCGGUCCAGCUCCGACUUUUUGCAUUUUUAUUCACGCUGUUGGGUGUCAGAUUUAAGCCCCGUCAGACGCCUUGGAAACCCCUGGAUAGAUUACAGUAA